AUGGCGAAUACAUAUUAUGGCCAUGGAGCUGGGGCGGUAUACAAAGGGCCCGACUUUGACAGCCAGCACGUCAAGAGGCAGCGGAGCAUGAAGCUGAGUCUGUAUCCUUCCCGGCCUCGCACAGCACCCAAGGACUCGACCUCGACCCCGACCUCGACCUCGACGGCGACCUCGAUCUCGACCUCGACCCCUUCCUCCCCUCCCUCUCCCCCCUCCUCUUCAACAGCUCAAUGGCCUCCUCUCGUGUCAAGAGAAGACCACGCCCAACGCCCCUACACUUCCCGGUCUUUCACCGCGCCGCCGCCGAUUCCCCAAAGUCUGCACAAAAAGCCAUCUGAGGCCUCCAGGCUUCGCGCAUUGAACAAUGGCUACAGAACGUAUUCGAGCGAUGACCGCCAGACUUCCGACCGCCAGGAAUUCCAUGUGACGGACAACUUCUCCCGCCCUCGGCAGCCGAGCGUACGGCGCAGGAACCACUCCCCCAAGCCUCUAUUGCAACCUUCGGCAUCCUUUCCAUUGCCAGCCCACGACGAGCAACCAGCCCCGGCUGAGCGGGGCUCACCUCGAGAUAGAGGCUUCUCUACCUCUUCCUCCCAGUCACCCAACAAUUUUCCGGCGUACCAACUACGACCCUCAGCGUCAAUACCCGACUACCACGCACCAGAUUCGAUUUACUCCCGCCAGCGUAACCUUCAUAGCGCACAAUAUCGACCGCGGCAGGCAGCAAAUCUACCAGAAGCAGUGAAUCGGCCAGAUAGCAACUACUCGGCUCAUCGGCGAGACCCUCUUCCUCGACCGACCGGUUUCGAUGACGAAGAGGUCCGAGCCAGCUUCCGCUCCGCUUUGACCACGAACUCGAGCUUUAUGGGAACAAGUGGCACCGAGAGAAGCAGCGUAAUGACAAAAAGCAGUUCGGCAACUUCGAUAUUUGGGCGAGAUGAAGGCAUGAGCGUGGACGAUGCAAUCGGGAUGUACGAGAGCGGCUUCGACUCGGGAGUGGAGGAUGGCGAUGGGCUGAGACCGGAGACGGCAGAUUCACAGCAGAAGAGGAUAUCAGGGCUUCACGAGGCUAUGCAUGAUCCAAUGGUGGCGAGAGAAACUCUGGCACCGAGUGAAGUACUUCGGGCUCCGUACCCGCCCGCGUUGAACGGCUCGCUCAUGGCACCGGACAAUGCCAUGAUAGUACGGGACUCGCAUCAGAUAUUUAACGUGGUUGGAAGGCCGAGCGAGGAUGAGUCUACCGCGAGUGGAAGGUUGGAGAUCCAGGAGGGUUAUUUCGCGGAUCAGCCACCCUCGAGUCCCACGCGAUCAGUGACCGGAGAAGCUGUAUUUGAUGAGACGAGGGACCGGUACGGAUUUCGAAAGAAGACACAACACAUAUCGUUGGAGCAGUACGAGGCUUGGAACGGUCCAUACACCGAGUAUCUAGCGCGGCGGCGGAAAAAAUGGAUUGCACUUCUGAAAGACAACAGCCUUGUUACCGAUCGACCUAUUCGAUUCCCGGCCAAGUCCGCCAAAGUGAAACGGUUCAUCCGGAAAGGCAUCCCUCCGGAUUGGAGAGGCGAUGCGUGGUUUUGGUAUGCUGGUGGUCCGGCGAUGGUAGCGAAGAACUAUGGCGUGUAUAAAGACCUUGUCAAGCGAGCUGCGGCAGGGGAAGUCACCGAGACUGAUGCGGAAAUCAUCGAGCGGGAUCUCAAUCGUACAUUUCCCGACAAUAUCAGAUUCAAACCUGACCCACCACCUCUGUCGCCAGGUGAAGUUCGUAACAGCCAGCAAGUCGAGCCCGAGACGCCAAUCCUACAAGCCCUGCGCCGGGUCUUACAAGCGUUCUCCAUCUACAACCCUCGCAUUGGGUAUUGCCAGUCGCUGAAUUUCCUCGCUGGUCUCUUGCUACUUUUCAUGGAAGAGGAGAAGGCAUUCUGGAUGCUCAAUAUCAUCACGGGUGUUUACCUUCCCGGAACCCACGAACUGAAUCUUGAGGGAGCGAAUGUCGAUCUCGGUGUCCUAAUGACCAGUAUCAAAGACAUGAUGCCUCAGAUUUGGGCCAAAAUUGGCGGCGAACUUGAUGGCUCCUCUCUGCCGCCCUCAACUCUCCGACUUCCCCCUAUCACCCUAUGUACCACGGCCUGGUUCAUGUCCUGCUUCAUUGGCACCCUUCCCAUCGAGUCCACUCUCAGAGUGUGGGAUUCGUUCUUCUGCGAAGGCAGCAAGACUCUCUUCCGCAUUGCUCUUACUGUUUUCAAGCUUGGCGAGGCGGAGAUAAAAGCCGUUUCCGACCCAAUGGAGAUCUUUCAGGUCGUCCAAACUAUUCCGAGGAAGUUGAUUGAUUGCAAUGGGUUGAUGGAAGCCUGCUAUAAGAGGAGAAACGGCUUUGGUCAUCUGAGUCAGGAUACUAUUGAGAAGGGGCGUGCGGAGAGACGGAAGGGCUAUGCGGAUGAGAGAGAGCGGGAGAAGCAGAAGGAGAAGGCGCUCACUGGCUUUGAUGGCGCCAACAGUGGAAUGGCCCGGAGCGGAACGCGAAAGGGCCUCGGGUUUGGGAGGAAGAAGAAGAGCGCGGUUGAGGUUUGA